AAAGUUUUGAGUACCAUAAAAAUAUUAUUUAAAACAAAUAAUAAUUAAAGAGAGCUACAAAAAAGUGUUAUACAAAUAAACUAUAAAAUAUUCAGUAAGUGAGGUGCAAAAAUAAGUAAAAUAAAAUAUUGUAAAACAACGAAAAAAUCUGGCAAAUAUAGCGGCAAACAUUUUACUAAGAAAAGUUAUACAGCAAACGAAACAGCCUAUAAAACUAAAAAGUUUUUUACCGGUACCCGCAAAAACUACACAAGUUUUAGGAGCAAAAAACUAUCAAGUGUUACGCCAAAAACAAGGAGAUUUAUUUAAUAAAACCUCAAUUUCAUCAGCUUUAGCAGCAGUGAAUAGUCACAUCAUGAGUGGCCGUCAGCGUAGUGGUGGUAAUAGUGGUCGUUUUGGUGGCAACGGUGGUGGAGGUUAUGGUGGCGGCGGUUAUGGUGGCCGUGGUGAUUAUGAUAACUAUGGUAAUGGUGGCUAUAAUGGCGGCGGUUAUAAUGGCAAUAAUGGAAUGAAUCCUUUUGGAAAUAGUAAGUUAAGUUUAAGACUCCUUUAUAGACACUCAUUUUUACAUAACAAACCAGCUGGCUCUGGAAAUGUUAUAAAAGUUGCUGAUCUCAAUAAGUUUGCCAAUCGUACUCAUACAUGUGGUGAAUUGACUAGUGAUAAUAUUGGUGAAAAGGUGACAAUAUGUGGCUGGUUGGAAUUUCAACGUAUGGGUAAAUUUUUCAUACUACGUGAUGGUUAUGGUCAAACACAGGUUCUUAUAACCGAUAAGACAAACGGUUUAGAGGAUAAUGAACAGGGUAUUGCAUUAGAAUCAAUAGUAAGAGUUGAGGGUACAGUUAUACCAAGACCGGCAGCAACUAUAAAUCCUAAAAUGACUACGGGCCAUGUUGAGAUUGAGGCUGAAAAAAUUGAAAUACUUAAUCCGGCUAAGAGAAAUUUACCCUUUGAUGUACGUAAAUUCAAUAGAGCUGGUGAACGUUUGCGUUUGACACAUCGUUAUAUAGACUUAAGAUUUGCCGAUAUGCAGCAUAAUUUACGUAUGCGCUCUCAAGUUAUUAUGCGCAUGCGUGAAUAUCUUAUAAACUAUUUGGGUUUUGUUGAGGUAGAAACACCCACACUUUUCCGCCGCACACCGGGUGGUGCUCAAGAAUUUGUGGUGCCUACACGUAAACCAGGUCAUUUCUAUUCACUAGUUCAGAGUCCUCAACAAUUUAAACAAAUGUUAAUGGCUGGUGCCAUAGAUCGUUAUUUCCAAGUUGCUCGCUGUUAUAGAGAUGAGGCUACACGUCCCGAUCGUCAGCCUGAAUUUACUCAACUCGAUAUUGAAUUGUCAUUUACCAGUCGCGAUGAUAUAAUGCAAUUGAUUGAGGAAACUUUACGUUAUUCUUGGCCCAAGGAAUAUACUAAAAUUCAGACACCCUUCAAACGUAUGACCUAUAAUGAGGCCAUGGAGAAAUUUGGUACCGAUAAGCCAGAUACACGUUUUAGUCUUGCUUUGACAAAUGUAACCGAAAUUAUUAAAAAGAAUGAAACAUUUGUUGAGAAAUUUAAAGAUUUAGGUGCUUAUGCUUUAAUAGUACGUGGCAAUGGAGGUUUCUGGAAUGGCACUGCUCGUAAACAUUAUGAAAGUCUUUCCAAAGAAUUUUCGGGCACCUUGUUUGUACGCAAGUUUUUGCAAUAUAAAGAUCUUAAGGAUCGUUUAACUAAUCUAUUAACGGCUGAUGUUGCCUCGGAAUUAAUUACCAAAUAUGAUUUAGAAGAAAAUGAUUUGCUAUUUUUGGGUAUUGGUGAAAAAGUUGAAACGGUAAGUUUACUUUUUUCAUAAUUUUUUCAUUUAUUUAAUCACAUAAUCAUAAAAAACGUACUGAACGAGACUUGGAAAGAUUGAU